AUGGGUUUCUUUACGGGGUUUUUCAGUGGCUUUGCCUUGACGACGUGUGCUUUAUAUCUUACCGUGCAAGUCCACCGCUCGAAUCGCCUUGAGCAGCGAAGCCUGAUUCGCGAACAAACGCAAGCAAUCGAAUGGCUUGGGUCGCCUGCGGGCGCAUACGACCGACGGUUUGCGCCCAAGGAACUAUCACGUUUACGGGAGACGAGGGAUGGGGAAAAGACGUCUACGACACCGACUGUGCAAGAUCUCUUGAAGCACCGAUGGAAUAAGGAGGUGGAGACAUUGGCGAAGAAGGCAUAUGAAAGCAGUUGGGAAGAUGCGAGACUCAUCGCCGUCGCGGGAUGGAAGGCUGCUGUCAGGUUGGUGAAGAAGGAGUAA